UCUUCCAGAAAGUCGUCUACAGCUUCGUUCAUCUGACUGUUCAGGAGUUUCUGGCUGCAGUCUUCAUGUUCCACUGUUUCACCAGCAGGAAGACAGACGUACUGAAGACCUUCAUCAAUAAGAUCAUCAUCAUCAUGAUGUUUUCACUUCUCUUGACAAUUUCCUUCAGAGCAUCUUGAAGAAAUCCCUCAGAAGUCAGAACAGCCACCUGGACCUGUUUGUCCGCUUCCUUCAUGGCCUCUCUCUGAAAUCCAUCCAGAGACUCUUAAAAAGGUCUGCUGGGUCGAACAGAGAUCAGUCCAGAAACCAUCCAGAGAGCCAUCAAGAACCUGAAGGAGAUCAAUAGUUGGGGAAAGUCUCCUGACAGAUGCAUCAACAUCUUCCACUGUCUGAUGGAGAUGAAGGACCUCUCAGUACAUCAGGAGAUCCAAGAGUUCCUGAAGUCAGAGAACAGAUCAGAGAAGAAACUCUCUGAGAUCCACUGCUCAGCUCUGGGCUACAUGCUGCAGAUGUCAGACCAGGUCCUGGAAGAGUUGGACCUGACAAAGUUCAGCACAUCAUGGGAGGGACGAAGGAGACUGAUCCCAGCUGUGAGGAACUGCAGGAAGUUUCGACUUUCUGACUGUGAACUCUCUGAUUCAGACUGUGAAGUGAUCUCCUCAGCUCUGAAGUCUGACCCCUCCCAUCUGAAACAUCUGGACCUGAGUUACAACAACCUGGAGGAUUCAUCAGUGAAGAUUCUGUGUGCUGGACUGAAGAGUCCAAACUGUAAACUUCAGGGUCUGAGGUUGUAAGGCUGCAGGUUGUGAGCUGGAACCCUCUGCAGGAUUCAGGAGUUGAGCAGCUGUGUGGUUUUCUGGAGAGUCCACUCUGCAGUCUGUAGACUCUGAGGUUGAAGAACUGCAGUUUGUCAAAGAUCAGCUGUUCUUCUCUG